AUGGCGGACAAGAAGCGAUCGUUACCUCCAAAAGUGGCCCUCAUGAAGGCCCGAAAGCGUCAGAAGCUGGACCAAAGCGCAGCAGAUAAUGGAAAGAAAAUUCCAACAUCGACGUCGGCUCCCAAGCGCAAGGUGAACCUCAAUGCGCUCCAGUGGAAGGAGGUGUCUCUGCCCGACAAAAUGGAGGACUACGAGGGAUUCUUCGGCCUCGAGGAGAUAGAUGACGUCGAUGUUGUGCGCGACGAGUCUGCUGGAACAAUAUCCUAUCACUCUAAAGUGCCAGGGGAAUCCGCUGGCGGUGCUGCAGUGUCUGGGGAUGAGACCAACGACAGCGAAGGCGCAUCAUCAUGGUCUGGAUUGGGAGACGAGGAUGCUGAAAACGAAGACGUGGCCGUUGCCCAGGGGUCGAAAGCAAAGGAAAAGCCCAAGUCGGAGGCGAAACCAAAGCGCACCAAGCAAGCAAAUGGAUCCAAAGAGGCCUCCGCCCCGAAUAGCCACUUCGAGGCUCUUACCGAAGACGCUGAUGCUGAGGAUGUGGAACUAUCAGCAUGGAAAAGCCUCAAGCUGUCUCCAGACACCAUGGCAUCUCUAGGAAAGCUAAAAUUCACAAAACCUACUCCUAUCCAGGCAGCAGUCAUUCCCGAAGCAGUGAACGGCCACGAUGUGGUUGGUAAGGCUUCGACAGGAUCUGGUAAGACGCUUGCAUUUGGCCUCCCAAUUCUUGAGCGAUACCUGGAGACGAGAGGCCGAAUGAACGACUCGGAAGGAGCAAAAUCUACCCCUCUGGCACUCAUCCUCUCACCCACGCGAGAACUGGCACAUCAGCUGGACAAGCAUCUGACGGCGCUCUUCACUGGCAUAUUUGCGAGAGCACCUUCGAUUGCCACAUUGACUGGUGGUCUUUCACUGCAGAAACAGCAGAGGUUACUCAAGGACGCGGACGUUGUGAUUGGCACGCCCGGCCGUCUGUGGGAGAUCAUUGGCUCUGGACAGGGCGUUGGCUCUUCCCUCAAGAAAAUUCAAUUCCUAGUCGUCGAUGAAGCCGAUCGAUUGUUGAGUGAGGGUCAUUUCAAGGAAGUGGAGGAGAUCCUGAAUACUCUGGACCGCGUCGUUGAGAACGACGAGGAGAUUGAAGACAGUGCCGAUGCCAUGGAAACGACAAACCAUUCCGCAGAGCGUCAAACUCUCGUCUUCUCCGCCACGUUUGAUCGAGGUCUCCAGAAAAAGCUCGUUGGCAAGCUUAAUCGCAAGGACAAUCUACUUGGGAAGAAAGAAACAAUGGAAUAUCUUCUGUCAAAGCUCAACUUCCGUGAAGAGGCGCCUAAAUUCAUCGACGUCAAUCCAGUCAAUCAACUCGCUACGGGUCUGAAGGAAGGACUUAUCGAAUGUGGAGGGACAGAGAAAGAUCUAUACUUGUACGCUCUGUUGCUCCUCAACCAGGCCAACCGAGCCAUGGUCUUCACAAAUUCCAUCAGCGCAGUCCGUCGUAUCACGCCUUUGCUCCAGAAUCUAAAUCUCAAUGCCUUGGCGCUUCACUCGGGAAUGCCGCAGAAAGCACGCUUACGCUCUGUCGAGCGAUUCAGCCAGGGCAAAAGCUCCGAGAAACCAUCACCAGUGGUUCUCGUCGCCACAGACGUGGCCGCGAGAGGGCUGGAUAUUCCGAACGUGGAUCUGGUGGUGCAUUAUCAUCUUCCACGAGCAGCCGAUACCUACGUCCAUCGCUCAGGGCGCACAGCGCGCGCAGGCCAACAAGGCGCUUCCAUCCUGAUCUGUGGGCCGGAAGAAGUCGCGGGUGUGCGAAGACUCGUAGCCAAAGUCCACGCUCAGUCCGCCGUAGCGAAAGAUCAGAACGCUUCCGAUGCCGCCAAGCAGGGAUACUACAUUCGCACUCUAGACAUCGACCGCAGGGUGGUAUCGCGGCUGAAAGAGAGGGCUAAUCUGGCCAAAAACCUCGCGGAUGCGUCCAUUGCAAAGGAGAAGCAACACAAAGAAGACGAUUUCAUGCGCGCUGCUGCCGAAGAGCUGGGGGUGGAUUACGACAGUGAAGAAUUCGACAAAGCGCCUGGCAAGAGAGGCCGUGGAGCGGGAAGGAAAAAGAAGGAGCGAGAAGUUCGCGGAUUGAGUAAGGCGGAAGUUGGAGCGAUGAAGGCGGAAUUGAAACAGCUGCUCGGUCAAAGGGUGAAUGUGGGCGUCAGCGAACGCUACUUGACAGCCGGCCGUGUCGAUAUCGAUGAACUGCUGCGUCAACAGGAUGCCGGUGGUAAGACUGGAGAUUUCUUGGGAACAGUGAGCGGGAUUGGGCUGGACGACCUUUGA